AUGGCUCAAAACGGCGCCUUCUCAGCCCUCAAAGAAGGCACGGUGGUCAGCACUACGGGACCCAUUCAGCAGAACGCGGAAUCAGUCGAACAGCUAAACAAGCUGGUUGCCUCCAUCAAAGCCUUGAAGCGGGCUGGUUAUGUGGUCGAGAAGCUCACCGAUGCCGAACUCGAUCAAAAGAGACGAUGCAGUAGAUGCGGGAUCAGAGUUGCAAAGCCACCUCGCAUUCGACACCACAAGACCGAAGUUGCCGAAAACAAGUCACCGAAAACUGAGGAGAGCGGCUCUCAGGCGCAGGAAAACCCGAAUCAUCGUGGCACUGACGUCGCGAACCCAAAGCCAUUGGAUUGCAGGUUCCACACUGGAAAGGUGGUCUACAAAGUGUGGACAUGCUGCCGGAAGCAUGUUAGCGAAGACCCUUGCACGAUCAAGAAGGACCACGACGUGCGAGAUGACCAGAACGGAGCAAACGAGCGGCGCUGGCAGUGCCAUGUCACCGCUCCUGAAACAAAGCCCAGCCAUCGCGCCGCAGUAGCCAUCGACUGUGAGAUGGGCACCGCUUUCGACGGCGAUAGCGAACUCAUCCGUCUUACCGUUGUUGACUACUUCACUGGAAAGGCUCUCAUUGACAGCCUGGUCUACCCUGACGUGCCGAUGAUGCACUUCAAUACGCGAUGGUCGGGCGUUACAAAAGGCGACAUGGAGAGGGCGCGCCGAGAACACAAAUGUAUCCUAGGCAAAGCCGCUGCUCGAAAGGCCAUCUUUCGAUACGUGGGACCAUCCACCAUCGUCAUUGGACACGGGGCUCAAAGCGAUCUUCUCUCUCUCCGAUGGAUCCACCAUCGCGUAGUCGACUCUCUUCUCAUUGAAUCAUCUCGGCGGAAGGAAGCCGAGUUAAAAGCGGAACGAGAGAGAAGGAAGAAGGAAGAGGAAGAGGCCAAAUGGGACGAGCCCAAGGAAGGCGCGGGGCUCGGCGGCACUUCAGAAGACGCUGAGCUAAACAAAAAGGGAGUAGCAAAGCUUUACGACAAGGACGGGGUGGAAUCCAAGGAAGGAGUUAAGGCCAGGGAAGCGAACAAGCCCAAAGAAGGGGAUAAGGCCUCAGAAAGAAAGCCGGGCAAUAAACAGCCACGCCGCAAAAACAACCCUGACGGCAUGUCACUCAAGGCACUCACCAUGAAGCACUUGGGGCGGGCGAUUCAGGUAGGCAACAAGGGCCAUGACAGCUUGGAGGACGCUCUCGCUGCUAGAGACCUAGUCCACGCUUACAUUACCGACCCGGGCCGCUUUACAUCGCAAAGCGAGGUAUCAGCGUCUGAGACGGUAUGGUAG